AUGAUGGGUGGUUUAAAUGAGCAUAUUCUAUGCAACAAAAAGAGUAUAUCAAUCCACAAUGUUCCUCAGCUUGAUUUUUCUGGAGGUGUUGCUAUUGAAGAAGACAAUUUUAAUGAAACUACUACUCGUUCGAGUAGUGGUUGGAGGAUUCCCGAAGCCAUUUUUCACAAUGUUGAUGUUCAUCCCUCGUCUGAAGAGCCAUCAAUGAUAGACCGUGAAUUAGCCAAAGGCGUUGUCAUUCAAAGUAAGGAAGAUUUGUUGGUAAAAGUUGGGUUAUACCAUUUGAAGCAUAAAGUGGAGUACCGAACACCUAGAUCUUCAAAUUCUCGGUUAAAGGUUGUGUGCAAGCAUAAAAACUGCUCAUUCUUGCUUUCUGCGAAUGCACUGACUGGAAGUAGUUGGAAAAUUUCAAACUUUAUUCAUCCACAUACAUGCUUGGUUAACCUGAGUCAUUCAGCCCCUCGACAAUUGCCUGCAAAGAUCAUUGGAGCAUUAUUCGCGCCGAAGUUGUUGACAGAGGGCCGAGUAUUGAAGCCUGCGGAAAUUAUGGGUGACAUGGAGCGUGAUCAUGGCAUUAAGCUCAACUACAAUACAGCUUUGAGGUCUCAAAACGCCGCAUACGACUUCAUUUAUGGAGAUCACAAGAAGUCCUGGGAACUUUUGCCGGCGUAUUUUCAUAUGUCGAUGAAGAAAAAUCCUGGAACAUCGGCAUACAUUGAGACCGAUAAAGAUGACGUGUUUGAGUAUGCUUUCAUUUCUUUUCAUGUGUCUGCAGGCUUCCUCAGUUAUUGUCGGCCCGUUAUUGUGAUUGACGGUACGCAUUUGAAGGGUAAGUAUAAAGGCAUCCUAUUUGUAGCAACUACAAAGGACGGAAAUGAACAAAUUUUUCCUUUGGCAUUUGGUAUCAGCGAUAAAGAAUGUCAUAGUGCGUGGAUGUGGUUUCUCCAAAAGCUUUGA